UCCCUGAAUGAUGAAACAUCAACACAAUACGAAAGGGCUUCCCCAAGUUUGUACUAAGAAGCUGAAAAGAUGGUUGCAUUUCCAAUGAUAAAACUAGUUUCUCUUGCUAUGAAACAAGUCAGUAAACCUCUUGCCAAGCGUAUUCAAAGCUUAGCUAAAAGAAAUAAUUUCCUGCGGAGGUAUAUAUGUAUGCCGCCAGCUCAACUCCACCAUUGGUUGGAAAUUAACUUGAAGAUGAGAUCACUAGGCCUGGGAAAUCCUAAGAAAGUUGAACGUUUAUCUGAAGAUGCAGCAGUUGAACUAGGAGCAGAGAUGCUCGGAGAAGGGAUUGUUUUUUCUGUGGCCGUUGGAACAAUUGUCUUUGAAUAUUGGCGGCAAUCGAAGAAAGACGAACAGCAUGAAGAUAUACAGACUGAGGGAAUAAAGCAGUUGAACGAAAGAGUCUCAGAGUUGGAAAUUUUAUUAGAACAGCAGGAUGCUAGAAUACGGGAAAUGAACAGAAUCGUGGUUGCACUACCCACAGGGUCAUCUUCGAAAAGAUGAGGGGACGCAUGAUCUUAGGAUAUUAAUUAAUGUAAACAUGAUGUCAGUAAGUUGUAAAUACAUUUUAACAAGUGGAGUAAAAAUCAAUGAAAUUAUUACCGUAAAGAAAGUUUGAUCAAGAAUAUUAAGUUUUGACACCCCAAUUGAUGGAAGUUCACUUGGUUGACAUCCUCUAAAGCAGUGUUCCGCAACUUUUAGACUGAUGACUCGGUCAGGAAAUAUAGACAUAAAUCCGAACCCAUUGUCCCCUUAUUCACAGAUGACUAAUACAGAGAGUAGUUCUAGUACACAGUUUUAGACCUGCGAUUUAAAUUUUGAUUAACAUAAGAAAACAGUCCAAAAACAAAAUAUAUUUUUUACAAAUGACAAAAUUGUAAAGAACAAUGAUGAUGGUAGCC